CCACAUUGGGCAGCGCCGCGCGGGCUUCUGGGAGAAGGGGCCGUCCCCGCCACCGCCCCCCCGCCCGUCCUCCGGCCAAGAUGUCUGACAUGGAGGAUGAUUUCAUGUGCGAUGAUGAGGAGGACUACGACCUGGAAUAUUCUGAGGACAGCAAUUCUGAACCAAAUGUGGAUCUGGAAAAUCAAUACUACAAUUCCAAAGCUUUGAAGGAAGAUGAUCCCAAAGCAGCAUUAAGCAGUUUUCAGAAGGUAUUGGAGCUCGAAGGUGAAAAAGGAGAAUGGGGAUUCAAAGCUCUGAAGCAGAUGAUUAAAAUAAACUUUAAAUUGACUAACUUCCCUGAAAUGAUGAAUAGGUAUAAACAGCUACUGACCUACAUACGGAGUGCAGUUACAAGGAAUUACUCUGAAAAAUCCAUCAAUUCUAUUCUUGAUUAUAUCUCUACUUCCAAGCAGAAUUCUGAUUUUUUAUGCCAGAUGGAUUUGCUUCAGGAAUUCUAUGAAACAACACUUGAAGCUCUGAAAGAUGCUAAGAAUGAUAGAUUGUGGUUUAAGACAAACACAAAGCUUGGCAAAUUAUAUUUAGAAAGAGAAGAAUAUGGAAAGUUACAAAAGAUUUUGCGUCAACUGCAUCAGUCGUGCCAGACUGAUGAUGGGGAAGAUGAUCUAAAAAAAGGUACUCAACUAUUGGAAAUCUAUGCUUUGGAAAUUCAAAUGUAUACAGCACAGAAAAAUAACAAAAAACUUAAAGCACUAUAUGAACAGUCAUUGCACAUCAAGUCAGCCAUUCCUCAUCCGCUGAUCAUGGGAGUUAUCAGAGAAUGUGGAGGCAAAAUGCACUUAAGAGAAGGAGAGUUUGAAAAGGCACAUACUGAUUUUUUUGAAGCAUUCAAGAACUAUGAUGAAUCAGGGAGCCCCAGAAGAACCACUUGCUUAAAAUACUUGGUCUUAGCGAACAUGCUCAUGAAGUCUGGAAUAAAUCCAUUUGACUCUCAGGAGGCUAAACCAUACAAAAAUGAUCCAGAGAUUCUAGCAAUGACGAAUUUAGUAAGUGCCUAUCAGAAUAAUGACAUCACUGAAUUUGAGAAGAUUCUGAAAACAAAUCACAGCAACAUCAUGGACGAUCCCUUCAUAAGGGAGCACAUUGAAGAGCUUUUGCGAAACAUCAGAACACAAGUGCUUAUAAAAUUAAUUAAGCCUUACACAAGAAUACAUAUUCCUUUUAUUUCUAAGGAGUUAAACAUAGAUGUAGCUGAUGUGGAAAGCUUGCUUGUGCAGUGCAUAUUGGAUAACACUAUCCAUGGCCGAAUUGAUCAAGUCAACCAGCUCCUCGAACUGGAUCACCAGAAGAGAGGCGGUGCCCGGUAUACUGCGUUAGAUAAAUGGACCAACCAACUAAAUUCUCUCAACCAGGCUGUAGUCAGCAAGCUGGCCUAACAGAAAACAAGCUUCUACAAACUACUUAAGGCAACAGUGCAGUGAUGUAAACCUUAAAAGAACUGGGAAUGGCAAAACUACUGUCGGUUGGUGUGCCCUGAAAUUAUUGGAGUUAUGGCAGAAGUGCUUUUUUGAUCAGCUGGUUUGUGUUUUGCUGCUGCAUUUAUCCCAAGAAAAAAACAGCUUUAAUCUCCAGAAGAAAACCAAAAUGCCACGGGAUUUAUGCUGUAUUGACAUCUUGCCCUAAACAUACAACAUCCUAGUAAUUUGUCAAGGGGCAAUUGAUGACCAGAGAGAAGAUUUUUGUCAUGAUUUUAAAUACACUGACACAUUACUGUUGGUUAAAUUUAAACAUGUUUUACCUGCAGAAAUUCUCUCACAGAAAUAACCUGCAAUAACUUGAAAUGCAUACCCUUUUGAACACUUCCUUUUCUCAUGUAUAAAUUGAAAUGUUUGCUGCAUUUUGCAAAAUGUCAAUUCUCCAAAAAUGUGUCCGUAUAUUUCUGUACCUGCAGUGUAGUAAAGGUUUAGAAGAAACCCCAUAAUUAUAGUGGCAUACUGUCACUUAGGUUUCAAGCAGCAAAAUAAACAGUGCAGUUCAGAAAUUGUACAGUUGUUUCUUGAUGUGCUUUCAUUAUACUUGAAUUUUUCUUGUGUUAUUUUUAAAAGAAAAUAGAUACUACUUCAAAAAUAGGUAUUACUUGAUCCUCACCUCAUUUGUGAAGGACAGUAUGGAGAUUUUAAGUCUGAAUGCCCUGAUAAAUGUGCUGUUGAUUUUUCUUUUUUUCCCCCCUUGAAACAGUGAAACAUAAAUACUAAAGAGCUGACAUUUAGCAGUCUUGCUAACUGACUUUCAGCUUGCAAGAUGCCAAACCUUUAUCAGCCCUGUCUGGUUAUGUUGGUGGGUAUUUGGCAUCUCUCAGGGAUAUGCUCGGGUUUUAUUUUGCUAUUUUAAGAAUGCAAGUUUGCCAAGCAAUACCCUGGGAAUAGAAGUGCAGACCCUCUUUGGCCUGAUCUGUGGUCUUUUUGCCUGGAUUCAGUGUAUAUAAAAUGACACUGUGGGUUUGGAGUGGGGCCCAAGUACCAUGACAUUGGUCAUAAUGGAAUCUCUUCUCAAAUGUUUGAAUGUGUCGUAGUCCCUUCAGAGCUGCUAUUCAAGUCCUGAACUCCUGCCACAUGGUAGGCACAUGCCUUUUGUGUCCUAAGAUUUUGGGAUCAUCAGAUCCAUUUAAAAUAUAGCUGCAGUGGUGAUCACAGCACCUUUUAUUCCUGUAGCAGAUUGUCUGGAGCUGACAGAAAAAUUCUCCUGCAGGUCUCAAACGUAGAAGGAAUUUUAAAGGGUCACUUCUGUAACUGAGAGCAGCGUGUGAUGGUACACAAAGCAGUGCCACACACAGACAUUGUAAUAGUAGAAGGAAAAAUAAGUGCAUAGAGCAAUUAACACCACCCCAAAAAUAGUGAAAAAGCCUAAUAAAUUACACAUGUCCAUCACAUACAUGCAAGGCACCGUGGUACACUCAAUGUUCUUGAGCAGGAUUUAAAUUGGUAACAGGGUGUAACUAAAUAGGAUAAAAUUUAUUUUUAUCUGAAGAAUAGUUAUGGCCCUUAGAAAAUUAUUUUGCUCUGCAGUUGUCAAAGCAAGUGAAUUUUUUUUCCUGGAGUUUACACAAUAAAGCUUAAUGUGUACCAUGAGUAGCAUGAUGCUGAA